AUGGCUACAAAGCUGUGGGCAUCAAGGGCUGCUUCAUAUUUUAGGAUCUCAGUCUUCAACAACACCAGAGGCUUUGCCACUGUUGCCAAAAAUUUAAAGUACGCAGACUCUCAUGAAUGGGUGAAAGUAGAUGGCAAUGUAGCUACCGUAGGCAUUACUGAUCAUGCUCAAGAUCAUUUGGGUGAUGUUGUGUAUGUUGAAUUACCUGAAGUGGGAGCUGGAGUGACACAGGGCAGCUCUUUUGGUGCGGUUGAGAGUGUCAAGGCUACAAGUGAUGUGUACUCUCCUGUCUCCGGGAAAGUAGUUGAAGUUAAUGAGGUGCUCAAUGAUUCUCCUGGCAUGAUCAAUGGUAGCCCCUACGAAGAUGGGUGGUUAAUGAAGGUUGAGGUAAGCAACAAAGAUGAGCUGAAUACUUUGCUGGACGCAGAUCAAUACACCAAGUUUUGUGAAGCAGAAGAUGCAAAGCACUGA